CUAUCAUGAAGCACUUCAGACAAUUGUCACAUGUCAUCUUACAAAAGCUGUUGUUCAAGGUGAAGCUCGUGUUGGGAAAACCUGUUUCAAGUCACUUCUACUGGAUGAAAAGUACGUUGAAGCAAGUACCGGUAUUGCUGAGCCAAGAGUUGGUAUCUACUGCUACAGACGAGAUACUGGGAAACGAUACAAGCUAUUGGAUAUGACAGAGUUAGAAGAAUUAGUUUAAAAUGCGUUGAAAAAAGAUGCAUUAGAAAAAUCGAUUAAUUCUUCAGUAGAAAAUAAGGUCAGUAAAAGUAUCGAUGGAAAGAAACCGACCACAGUAAAUGAAACAGCUGAUGAGGCUGACGAUAGAUUUGUUGACGAAUAUGAAGCGACUAAUGGACCUGGCAAUGGAGACGGAGUGCCUGGUGAUGGAAACAAAGCACUAGGUGAUGAAAAGGAAAGUUCAUUGAGUAAGGAAGUAGAGAAAGUACUUGAUGGAGUGCGGCAGUGUUCAAGGAAGGAAAACCAUCUUGAAGGUGCUCAAUGGCUAUACCUCAUAGAUACAGGAGGUCAAAUCGCUUUUCAAAAGUUGCUUCCAAUUUUUAUGCCAUUUGCCCAAGUUCUUAUUCUCAUUGUUAACAUUUCAAAAGAGCUUUCUAGCCAAUCUACUGCAGUGAUGCAUGUUGAAGGAAAAAAUCUUGGUGAUUACGAGCAGUACAGUUUACUCAUUGAAGAAGUUUUAAAGCAGAUAAUUUCUUCAAUAGCUUCGGGCAUGCAACAUUUCAGGGAUAGCUAUAAAGAUCAUGAAGUUCUACGAGAUUUAGUUCCAGAGAAAUUGCAAAUUCUCACAAUUGGUACACAUGGAGAUGAAUGCAGUGAUGUAGUAGAGUCCACUCACACAUUGGAAGAAAAUUUGGCUGAAAUAAUAAAUGCAAAUGAUGAUUGUGAGUCAAUUGAAGCUUAUCAUGUGGUUCGUGUACGGGAAAUUGAUGGUCGUAUUGCUAGUGCAACUGUUGAAGAAAGAAGAAACGAUCAAAAUUUUAAGAACACAAAGAGUUCUUUGGAUGAUGUGGAUGAAAUCUUACAGAAAAACAAAAAAGGAAUCAAAAUUCCAUUUUAUUACUACUUCUUUGAUAUCGUACUUCGUGUUGCAGCAGAAGAGGGAUGUGGUGUCUUGCAAUUAUCUACCUGCACUAGUCUUGGGGAAGAUUUAAAACUUUCAAAAGAUGAAGUGAUGGAGUCUCUUAAUUUUUUGCAUCAUAUUAAUAGUAUCAUUUAUUAUCAUGAUUCCAAAGCCUGCAGUGACCUGGUGUUUGUUAACAUAGGUAGUCUCAUUGGCAUUCUCAAGGAGUUGGUCGGGCAUGUUCAUAUUAUUCACUCCAAAGCAAGAAAAUACACUGGAGACAAGGAUGGUAUUAUAAAGGGGAUUCUUUCAGAGUCCGAGUUUAAAGAGAUUUGUAAAGAACAACUCGAUCCCAUCACAAAAAAGCUAAAAUUUGAUGAUAUUGCAACAAAAUUACUGAAUCUAUUUGUGGAACUUUCAAUAGCUGCACCAAUAGAUGAUAAAUAUUUCAUACCAGCUCUCCUUCCAGUAAAAGAUGUGACAGAUAUCUAUCUUUAUAAGGACUGUGAGCCAUUGCUGUUUUACUUUAAGAAAGCUACCCCAAUGGGUCUGUUCUGCUCUGUUGUUACUCAUCUUCUUUCUGGGCCUUGCUACAAAAUUGUUUCAACAAAAAUUAAUAGCAAUUUCUCAAAUUGCAUCAAAAUGAAUCAUCGGGAGUCAUCGUAUCGCGUUGUUCUAGUUGAACAGGUCAAUUGCAUUGAAAUCCAUUGUGAGGAACAAAGCAUUGAAUGCAGUGUAAAGAAAGAUGUAAUUGAAGCAAUCAAUUCUGCAGCUAAAAAACACAAUCUCAGUGAGAGUCAUAAGAAUCCCGAGAUACGGUUUUAUUGUUUAUGUGAGGGUGGUCCUGAUAGAAGUGGGGCCAGUGGUGAGAAGCACACAGUAACAGUUAAUGAGGAACGGUGUAUCUUUAGAUGCACUAAAACAGAAGAAAUAUGCAAAUGUCAUGAGAUUAUAAAGUGGAAGUCUUGGCUUGAUAUUGGUGUACCAAGCACUUCCGCUUCAAGUGAUAAUUCAACUUCUCUUAUGAUGCGAAGUUCUCCACAAAGAUGUGUAUCUAAGAUAGGAAGCUCUGGCUUGCCACAAGAAAUUAAAGAUCCAAAGGAGAUACUACAGAAGUACUCAGCUAAGCUAUCCAAAGCAAUAUCAGCUAAUGUUUCUGAUGUAGCUAAUGAAUUGCUUUCUGAUGACCUUAUAACACAAGGGACUAGAGAAUAUGUAGUGACAGUAGAUGGUGUAUCUGCUUCUACUAAAGCCAAUAGAUUAAUGACUGAUGUGAUGGGUCAAUUGGAUGGUUCUCUUGAUGAAAGACAGUAUUUAAUUGAUUUGUGUAAUAUUUUGAUUAAGCAAGGUGCAUCAAUGAAACAGAUAGGAAAUGUUAUGCUUAAAGAACUAGGAUGCUGACCAUCCUUCUCCUACACAUCAAAUUAACAACAGUAACUUUUAGAAUUUUAAUUUCUUUAUUAUAGUAUCUAUUCAUUAUUUUGUUGUUAUGCUUACAUGAUAGAGUACAGUAUAGGACUAUUAAUUUUGUUGCAUCAUUUAUAAUUCUUUUUCAAUUCC